AUGCGAGAAGUCCUGGGGCAGUCCUCUCCCCCCUGCGAUCUGCCAGGCAGAGCUGUGUACGCCCAUCUCAGGCAGAUGUUCGCCAGAAAUGCCGACGAGCGUGUGCGGCCCUUUGAUUGGCCCGCUUGGUGCGUGCCAGGAGAAGAGGCCCGCGUGGACACGCUCGUGAGUCCCCUCACACAGGAGGAGGUGCUCGCACGCCUGAGAAGGACACACAGCUCUGCGCCGGGUCCCGAUGGUGUCACCUAUGGAAAUUUGAAGAAAACAGACCCGAAGGCCUCCAUGCUCACGGCAGUAUUCAACGCCUGCCUGAGGACAGGUCAUGUCCCCGAUCUGUGGAAAAAGUCCAGAACGGUCUUAAUCCACAAGAAAGGGGACAGAACUGACCUGUCAAAUUGGAGGCCUCUUUCCAUGGGUGACACCAUCCCCAAAUUGUUCGCGGCCGUCAUGGCAGACAGGCUGACGGCGUUCCUCACUAACGGAGGAAGGCUCAGCGAGGAGCAGAAGGGCUUCCUCCAGCACGAAGGCUGCCAUGAACACAAUUUUGUUCUUGGCCAAGUGCUGGAGGAGAGCAGACGCCAAGGCAAGGACCUCAUCAUGGACUGGAUGGACCUGUCCAACGCGUUCGGGUCGAUUCCGCAUGCCACCAUCAUGGACGCGGUCGCCGGUAUGGGGAUCCCCUCGAGGAUCCGGACCAUAAUCCACCAGUUGGCCACCGGCGCCGCGACCACCGCCAAAACCAUUGAUGGCAUGUCGGAAGAGAUCCCGAUCGAAGCGGGGGUCAGACAGGGCUGCCCAGCCAGCCCAAUCCUCUUCAACAUCGCAAUAGAGCGGGUACUUCGCAAAGUCAAAACCGUCAACGCGGGGUACCUGCUCUAUGGGAGCCGCAUUAGCACGCUGGCGUACGCCGAUGACCUGGUGCUAAUUGCGAGCUCCCCAGAGGAGAUGAGGUCCUUGUUGCGUGCUGCGGACGACGCCGCAAUAGAAGCCGGUCUGCACUUCAACCCCGGGAAGUGCGCGACCCUACACCUCACGGGGAAGAAAUCCUCGCGGAGGCCAGUGCAGACCGGCUUCCACGUCCGUGGCACGCCAAUACCGGCAAUGACAGAGGGGGAUGCCUACGAAUAUCUCGGCAUCCCCGUGGGUCUAAACGUGGACCAAACACCCAGGGCAGCGAUGGAAGCGAUAGUUGGGGACAUCGCCAAGAUAGAUGACUCGCUGCUCGCCCCGUGGCAAAAGAUCGACGCGGCCCGCACCUUCGUGGCACCGAAGCUUGACUUCGUGCUACGAAGUGGCGCCACCUUGCGGGCCCCGCUGCGUCAUCUGGAUACAGCCAUAAAAGAACACAUCAAAAAAUGGCUGUAUCUGCCGCAGAGGGCGAGCGCGGAGGUAGUGUACACCCCGCUGAAGAAAGGUGGAGCGGGCAUACUACCUUCAUCUAUAUUGGCAACUAUCGCCCAGGCUCACCGCAUGGUGUCCUGCCCUGGGGAGGUCGUCUCCCGGAUUGCAAGAGAAGGCCUGAGAGAAGCGGUAAAACGAAAAAUAAACCGGGAGCCAUCCGGCGACGAGAUGGCCCACUUUCUCUCAGGCUCCACUCUAUCCGGGGAGAUAGCCAGCUUUGGCGACGCCGGAUUCUGGUCGAGGGUGCGGAUGACCACCAAAAGGCAAGCUGUGCAUCUGGGGGUGCGUUGGGCCUGGAGAGGAGGUGAGCUACUGGUCGAGUGUAGAGGACAAAGAAACCGACCAGUGGCCACCGACUCGAACUCCAGGUCCCAACUCAUCCAACGUCUCAGGUGCGCAGCUCAGGAUGAGUUCCUGACCAUCCUCCUAAAUAAACCCGACCAGGGGAAGGUGGCGAAGCUCUCCACGCUAACCCCAGUCAGCAACGCGUUCAUACGCGACGGUAGCUUUACCAGGUUUGCUGACUGGCGGUUUAUCCACAGAGCCCGACUGGGAGUCCUCCCAGUCAACGGAGCGAUCCGAUGGGGCAGCGGCGACAAGCGCUGCCGGGUCUGUGGAUAUCAGCUGGAGAGCGUUCCACACGUGUUGUGCCACUGCAUGCACCACUCAAACGCAAUGCAGCAGAGGCACAACGCGGUGAUGGAUCGCCUCGCCAAGGCUGGCUCACGGCUGGGGACCCCCAGGGUGAACUGCCGCGUGGAAGGGGUCGCCGAGGACAUGGCGGCCCUCAGGCCGGACCUGGUAUGGCGCGACGAACGGAGCAGAAAAAUCGUCAUAGUUGACGUGACUGUUCCGUUCGAGAACGGGACUGAAGCGUUUGAUAACGCGAGGGGCGAGAAAGAAGAAAAAUACCGCCCCCUAGCUGAAGCCCUGCGCGCCAUGGGAUACCAGGUAAAACUGGAGGCAUUCAUUGUCGGAGCCUUGGGCUCGUGGGACCCUAAGAACGAAAGGGUCCUCAAGACUUUGGGUGUCUCCAGGUUUUAUGCUGGCCUGAUGCGCAGACUGAUGGUGGCCGACACCAUCAGGUGGUCCCGGGACAUCUAUGUGGAGCAUGUGUCCGGGAUCAGGCAGUUCACCCUGCCAAGUGAAGCUCCCUCCAAUUAA